AUGGAAAUCGGAAAUAAUUCAUCGGAUAAUGUUGGAACGAGAUCAGAGGAAUAUUUGGAAAAUGAAGAUUCAAAUGACAAAAGCCGAAAUGAGGAUUUAGAAUCUAAUUCUGGAGUAGAUGUGAACCCUAUUAGAAGUAUUAGAGACGGUUAUGUUACUGUAGCCCCAAGCCCUGUUGUUAUCGCCAUGGAAACAGAAAAUAAUGAAAAUCCUGGUGAAAAUGACAAUUUUGGAAACGACGGAAUGUAUGAUACUAGCAGUAAUUCAGAAUCGGAUGACACACAAAUAUGGGUACCAGCAGGAGCACGUGGUCCGGCAAGUUCUUUGGACAGUAGAAGCAACUUGAGCUCAUUGAGUAACCAAGGCUCUGCGGAACCAAGUACACCUCGUGAUGACUUCUCUCAAAGUCCAGCAUCACCUCAUAGAAUCCGACCUGUGGGAACAUUUAAAAAUGCUGGUAUGUCCACAAGUCUGACAGAGGACUCUCGAUCCACUACACCAGGUCAAGCUAGCCAACAGCAAUAUCCCCAAUUCUCCAGUAGUGCUUCCUACAUACCAAGUAUUGUGAGCCCUAUAAGAAGACCUCAAGUAUCUAGAGAAGAUCGAGCCGAGAGAGUCAUAACGUUGGAUAGUGAAGUUACAAGUUUACCAAACGGAGAUUCUGGUAUUGGUAAUGAAGAUAAUUCACCAGGUCAAGAUGAAGCUUUUCUACCAGACACACCACCUCCAUCACCAACUAAUAAACGUUAUGAUAAAUCACACAGAAGAUUAUCUUUUAAUCUCAUCUUUAAUAGCCCAGUUGUUGAUAGUUUGUUCGUUAAUUUAAGUGGAUUAUACGCCAUGUUAUUAAUAAUAUUGGGUACUAUUUUACCCGUAUCAGAGGUUUUUACUUCAAUACAGAGACCAUACCUCUUUCAGGGUUUUUAUAUUUAUUUAUACGGAGUUAGUGUGUUAUUUAUAUUAUUUAUUUAUAUACUUGUUCUAAAAUCACCCAGCUGUAAACGAGGUUGUUCUUGUUGUAAGAAGAGAAGUAAAACUGAAGAAGAUCUUGUGAACGCUAUAGAGAAAUCAACAAGUAUAAAGAAAUAUACUUAUGAUAACUCUACCUUUACUCACACUGGUAGUUUUUAUCUCAGACUAGGUGCAGUCGCAUUUGGUAUUGGAAGUAUGAUUAAGAGUGGGUUACAGUUUGGAAUUUUCUUUGAAAAUGAUCCAUUUUCUGGCUGUCAGCAUUUAACCUUUGGUUUCCGCCCAAUAUUACAUUUAUUCUUUACAUUUAUACAACUUUAUUUUGUCUUUUUAAACUCCAAGGUGUGUAUACAGGAGUAUAAACUUAUAUCAAGAUUUGGUUUAAUGCAUUUAGUAGCCACCAACAUCUGUGUAUGGUUAGAGAACAUUAUACAUGAAACUCUGAUAGAAAUAAAAGAUUCUUCUGAUCUCAAUUAUUCACAUA